AGAUAAAUGCCCGAGCGGAGAGUGUUCAUUAUCCGUCAUGGUGAAAGAUGUGAUUUUGCAUUUGGCAAGUCAGGACUUUGGAUCAAUUCAUUUGACAGCAGAGGAAGAUAUCGCCCGCUUGACAUCAAUCUUCCCCGAACUCUUCCAAAACGUGCCGAUGGAUGGCAAGGUUUUGCUGCCGACACCCCGUUGACUGAAAUUGGUUAUCUUCAAUCAAAAUUGACAGGACGAGCAUUACGUGACAAUGGAAUCGAAAUCAACCAUGUUUUCUGUUCCCCGGCUUUGAGGUGCAUCCAAACAACAGUUGGUCUAUUGAAGGGAAUGGGUCUUGACAAGCGAAUUCAGUUUUCCGUUGAACCUGGGCUUUAUGAGUGGAUGGUAUUUGCAAGGUACGCAAGACCAUGCUGGAUUCCGCCAAAAGAUUUGAAAAAGCUUGGCUACCCUGUACAAGAAAACUAUGUACCAUGUUGGACGGAUAAGGAGCUUCGAAUGAAUGAAACCUUAGCAGAUUUCUAUCAAAGAUCGUUUGGUUCUAUAAACAAAAUUUUGUCGGAAUGCACAGAAGGAAACAUUCUCAUUGUGGCUCAUGGUGCAUCACUCGAAACAUGCACUCGGCAGCUGGUCGGCGGUGAUAUCAGAUCAACUGACGAUUUCUACUACCUACUUCAAAACACACCAUACUUGUCGUGUGUAGAAGUGAACUCUCGAGAAGGAUUAUGGAGACUAGUGGGCAGCCCGAUUCCGUCGUUUUCACACACGUACAAUCGCACUUUUGAUCCAUUGCAGCUCGUCACAAAAGAUUUGGCCUCGCUGAAAAGAGAACGAGAGGGAAAAGACAAUAUGAGGACCACUCAAUAAUCUUUUUGAUAAUUUGUAAGCCGAAUUAAUUUUUCUACGGUUCUGAAUGCUAACAUUUUUGGCGGGAGUUCUUUAUUCGAAUUUAUGUAAAUUGAAAGUCUUUAACUUUGAGCCUAACUUUUUAUUGCCAGUGGGAAUAUUUUUCAAGUUUGCUUUUAUAAUGCUAAAAUCUUUUUUAAAAAAUAUUUGAAAUGACUCGAUGUGGAAAAUUUGAAAAUUUACCAUAAUUUUGUCUGAAAAUUUUUUGAAGAUGUGUUAUAAUAUUUAGUCAGUUUGGUCUAUGGUCUCAACUGACGGUUCUCCGGCCUUUGAUUAGUUUGGUUUUUCUUCAGUUUAUCACCGACGUUGUUCAUGAUCUCAACUUUCUCCUGUUUUUUUAUUCGAUUCAUAUUCAAAUUGUUAUACUUUCAACUAAUAAAUCAUUUUAUUCGACAAUCAAU